UGUCGUGCAAGAUGAAGUCAGUUGUUUCAGCCCUUUGCUUCCUUGCUGUUGUGGGGUACUGCACUGCAAUGCUGCUUGAAGAACAAUGCAGAGCACCUCACCCCUUUGUAAAUUGCGGUGGAAGUGCUCCUUUGAGAACUAUCUACUACUUUAACAACGGUACUAACCGAUGCGAGCGGGAUUAUACCUGUGCGAAAGGAGUAAACCACUUUGAAGACAUCGUAUGCUGCAUGACUGAGUGCCCAUACGGGAACCACCACCCGCCCGGCAAGCCAGGAAGGGGUACCAGUACCUUAGAGGUCUGAAGGAAAUAAUAAUCAGCUGGCGUCGUUUGCUCGGCACACACUUCCCGCUGUUCGGUUUAGAAGAAACUUUUCCGACAAGGUGCCUAGAUUUUACUGAAUAAAGUCGUGCAUUAAAAAUACA